CGGAUAAAUAAAUAAGGAAAGUGGAGAGAGGAGAGAGAGAGAGAGAGAGAGAGAGGGGAAAAGAGAAGAGCAGAGAAGAAAAGGAUUGAAGAGAGAAAGAAUCGCUUGUUGUAUAAGGAAUACCCAUUUUUACAUUAAUAUAUAUGCGUUGAAAGAUUUGAAGGAAAGUGAGGCUUCUUGGGCUUUUCUUUUAACCUUCAAACGCAGAUAAGCUGAGUGUAAUGGCAGAUUCUAAUUCAAGUGCCGAUUCUGUUGCCAUUGACGUUGAGACCAUUUAUCUCGGCGGAAAGGAGCAUGUCGUACGGACUAGCUGCGGCCCUGUGUCUGUUAUAGUUUAUGGAGACCAAGAGAAGCCAGCACUGAUAACUUAUCCAGAUUUAGCUCUAAAUCAUAUGUCAUGUUUCCAGGGAUUAUUCUUCUGUCCGGAAGCAGCUUCAUUGCUGCUCCAUAACUUUUGCAUUUACCACAUAAGUCCUCCGGGGCAUGAGUUGGGAGCUGCAGCAAUUUGUCCAGAGGAUCCUGCACCUUCAGUAGAUGAUUUGGCUGAUCAGAUAGUUGAGGUUCUUAACUAUUUUGGGCUGCGAUCAGUUAUGUGUAUGGGAGUAACAGCUGGUGCCUAUAUAGUCACAUUAUUCGCGAUAAAACAUAGGGAGCGCGUUCUUGGUUUGAUUCUUGUUUCCCCUCUGUGCAGAGCACCUUCUUGGAGUGAAUGGUUUUAUAAUAAGGUCAUGUCGAAUUUACUUUACUUCUAUGGAAUGUGUAGUCUGCUGAAAGACUUUUUACUAUACCGUUACUUCAGCAAGGAGGUUCGUGGCAGCGCAGAAGUUCCAGAAUCAGAUAUAGCUCAAGCAUGCAGAAGAUUGCUAGAUGAAAGGCAGAGCACAAACAUUUUGCGGUUUCUUCAAGCUAUUGACGGGAGACCCGAUAUCACACAAGGAUUGAAAAAGCUACAAUGUCGAACUCUCAUAUUUGUUGGGGAUAGUUCUCCUUUCCAUUCCGAUGCUCUCCACAUGACGGCUAAGUUGGACAGAAGAUUCAGUGCCUUAGUGGAGGUACAGGCGUGUGGAUCAAUGGUGACAGAAGAGCAGCCACAUGCAAUGCUGAUACCAAUGGAGUAUUUCCUCAUGGGAUAUGGACUAUACAGACCAAACCAGCUUAGUGGCAGCCCAAGGAGUCCUCUAAAUCCAUCUUGUAUCGCCCCCGAGCUUCUCUCUCCGGAGAGCAUGGGCUUAAAACUGAAACCUAUCAAGACCCGGAUUGAAUCCAAGGUCCCGGGUACACGCCGAUAAUGCUGGAUUCACUUCAAUUUAACUUGUGUAUAUUGGAAGUCCCUAUAAGUUUAAUUUGUUGUUUUUGGGGCUUGCUGUAAUUGGAAGGUGAGAAGGGUAGGUAUUAUUAUACAUAUAUAUGAGGUGUAGAUAGGAAGGUUGAAAUUCUUUAAUGGACAUAGGGAGGGGAUUCAUUCAUUUGUAGGCAGAGAAAGGACAACAUUGAACAUGUUCCCACUUUCAGUUGUAUUUGUAAACCGGAAAAGAGACGUUUAUUUAUGAACAUGACAAAUGGUGAAUAAGACAGCAAUUGAGCUGGUCGUUAUUAAUUAUUGUA